AUGUUAUACUAUUUAUUUGAAUACCUUCAAUCAGCAUACGACUUUCCCGGAGCCGGGGUGUUUCAGUUUAUCACCUUCCGGGCGGCCAUGGCACUUAUAUUCUCAUUGCUCAUUUGCCUGGUUUUCGGCAAGAGCCUCAUCAAUAUGCUGCAGCGCCAGCAGGUUGGCGAAAGCAUUCGCGAUUUAGGCCUUGAGGGCCAGGCAGAAAAAGCAGGAACACCCACCAUGGGCGGGCUUAUCAUUUUGAUGGGUAUUCUUAUUCCGGUAUUACUUUUUGCCCGACUGGAGAACAUCUACAUAAUUCUCUUGCUCAUUACCACGGUUUGGAUGGGCAUUGUGGGCUUUGCCGAUGACUACAUCAAAGUUUUCAAGAAAGAUAAAAAAGGCUUACCCGGAAAAUUCAAAGUAAUAGGCCAGGUAGGUCUGGGCUUAAUUGUGGGCGGCAUACUGUACUUUAAUCAAGACGUAACCAUCAAGGAAAGAAUUUCUCCGGCCCAAACGGUAGAAAGCCAAAGUGGCGAGCGCCUUCAGCAAUUGCCCACCUAUGCCCCCGAAGAAAAGUCGCUGAAGACCACCAUCCCCUUCAUGAAGAACAACGAGUUGGAUUAUGCCCGGUUGUUCAAAUGGCUAGGUGCGCACAUAUCAAUAAUUGGUGCUGGUGAAAGUGGAACCGGAGCGGCUUUGCUUGCGCAGAAGCUGGGCCACGAUGUGUUUUUGAGUGACGCCAAAGCCAUUCCCGAAAAGUACCGCCAGCCACUGAUAGCGGCCGGUAUUGAUUUUGAGGAAGGCCAACACAGCAGCGAACGCAUCCUCCGGUCUCACCUAAUCAUAAAGUCGCCCGGAAUUCCCGAAAAGGCGGCCAUCAUCAAAGCCAUACGCGCGGCCGGAAUUGAAAUGAUCUCGGAAGUAGAGUUUGCCUGGCGCCAUUCCCAGGGAAAGGUAGUUGCCAUUACCGGAACCAACGGGAAAACCACUACCACAAGCCUAGUAUACCACAUAAUGAAAAAGGCCGGCCUCAACUGCCAAUUGGUGGGCAACGUGGGCAAGAGUUUUGCGGCUGCCGUAGCCGAAGGCCCUGCGGAAUACUACGCCCUGGAAGUGAGCAGCUUUCAGCUGGACGACAUCAAAGGCUUUGCACCAGACAUUUCGGUUUUACUCAACAUCACGCCCGAUCACCUGGAGCGCUAUGAGAGCUUUUCGGAUUACCGGCAGGCCAAAUUCAAAAUUUUCGAAAACCAAACGGAGAACCAACAUUUCAUCUACAACCUGGACGAUGAAGCGAUAACCGCGCAUUUACCCGAUAGCAUCAAGGCUCAAAAGCAUCCGAUUUCACAUGAAAAAGUGGUAGGAGCAGGUGCCUAUAAACUAGAAAACAAUCCUAUAACAAUAAUCACAAACCAAGAGAGUAUGAAUAUUGAUGAUCUCGCCCUACAGGGCAAGCACAACGCCUACAACAGCAUGGCUGCCGGCUUAUCGGCCCGUUUGUUAGGCAUCAGAAAAGAAACCAUUCGCGAAUCACUGGCCGGUUUUGAAAGCGUAGAACACCGCCUUGAGUCUGUCCUUCAGAUUUACGGCAUGAAUUUUAUAAACGACAGCAAGGCCACCAAUGUAAACAGCACCUGGUAUGCCCUGGAAAGCAUGCAGAGCCCUACCAUCUGGAUUGCCGGUGGCGUUGAUAAGGGCAAUGACUACAGCCAACUCUACAGCCUGGUUGAGAAAAAGGUGAAGGCGCUCAUCUGUUUAGGAGCCGACAAUUCUAAGCUACACAAGGCCUUUGACGAUAAAGUUUCUUUGGUUAUUGAUGCCGCCAACAUGGAUGAGGCCGUUCGCAUGGCGUACAAAAUGGGCGAAAAGGGCGAUACCGUAUUGCUGAGCCCCGCCUGCGCAAGCUUCGACUUUUUCGAAAACUUUGAGGAUCGUGGCGAUAGAGCGCUUUGGGUCAUGGUUAUUUUAAUGGCCAUUGCCAGCUUAUUUCCCGUGUACAGUGCCAGCAGCAACCUGGCCUUUUCUGCGGGUGACGGCAACACGCUUGACGAUUUGUUUACGCACCUCAUGUACCUCAUACUUGGUUUGGGUUUGAUGUACCUCACCCACCGCGUUGACUAUCGCCACUAUGGGGCACUGUCUAAAAUACUGCUGCCCAUAGUUAUUAUUUUGCUGCUGUACACCCUGUUUCAGGGCGUAAAUAUUUCCAAUGCCUCGCGCUGGAUUCGCAUUCCCUUUACCAAUAAAACUUUUCAAACCUCGGCUUUGGCCUGGGUGGUGCUGCCCAUUUACCUGGCUCGGUAUUUAACGCUGGCCGCUCCGGAAGACCUGGUUAGCUUUCGCGCUUCCUUCCUGCCCUUAAUUGUUCCCAUUCUCAUUGUUUGCGGCCUGGUACUGCCGGCCAACUUGAGUACCGCAGCCCUUAUUUUUAUUGCGUCCAUAAUACUCCUGUACAUUGGCGGUUAUGCCCUCAAGAAUAUUGGCAUUCUGUUGGGCAGCGGCUUCGUUAUGCUAAGCAUUUUCAUUGCCAUCGUACUCACCUACCCCAAUAUCAGCAACCGGGUGGGCACCUGGAAAACGCGCAUCGAAAGCUUUGUGGAAGGAAACGAAGAAGAAAACUAUCAGGUUACCAUGGCAAAAAUGGCCAUUGCCGAAGGACAGUAUCUGGGAAAAGGGCCCGGCAAGAGCGUGCAGAAAAAUUUCUUACCACAAAGCAAUAGCGACUUCAUUUACGCGGUUAUUGUGGAAGAAUUUGGCUGGAUUGGAGGCAUAGUGGUUCCCUUUAUUUAUGUCUUGGUAUUGUUCAGAAUACUCAUAAUUGCCGACCGAGCCCCCACCAAGUUCGGGGCCCUGGUAGCAGUUGGCGUAGGAACCGGGGGCCACAUUUUUCCUGCCCUGGCUAUUGCCGAUGAGUUAAAAAGGCGCUUUCCCGAUUCCGAAUUCCUCUUUGUAGGCGCGAGCAAUCGCAUGGAGAUGCAGCGCGUACCUCAGGCGGGCUACAAAAUUGAAGGCCUUUGGAUUAGCGGGAUACAAAGAAAAAUCACCCUCAGCAAUUUGAGCUUUCCCUUUAAGCUGAUUUCCAGUUUGAGGAAAUGCCGGGCGCUGAUCAAGCGCUUUAAACCCCACGCGGUAAUUGGCACAGGCGGCUUUGCCAGCGGUCCGCUCUUAUACCAGGCCAGCAAGAAAAACAUACCCUGCCUUAUUCAGGAGCAAAACUCUUAUCCGGGAAUAACCAAUAAAAUAUUGGGCAAAAGGGUGCAGAAAAUAUGCGUAGCCUACCCGGGCAUGGAGCGUUUUUUUGAUCGAAGCAAACUCGUUUUAACGGGCAACCCCAUUCGGGCGAGCAUUAAAGCCAAACUUCCCUCGCAAGAGCAAGCGCAAAAUCACUUUGGAUUUGCUGAGGCCAAACCAAGCUUGCUAAUAGUGGGUGGCAGCCUCGGAUCGCGAAGAAUUAACGAGCUUGUGGCCGAAAGCCUUCCCGCCUUAUUGAAGCUCAACAUCAAUAUUAUAUGGCAGUGCGGAAAAAUCUAUCACCAAGCAUUAAAAGAACAGUUUAAAGACCUGGAUAAAGGGCAUGUUUUGCUCACCGACUUUCUUGACGAUAUGAACCAGGCAUUUGCCGCCAGCAGUGUAAUUAUUAGCCGGGCCGGAGCCGGCACCUUAUCGGAACUAGCGGUAGCGGGCAAGGCCGCGGUGCUCAUUCCCUCGCCCAAUGUUGCCGAAGACCAUCAAACCAAAAACGCCCAGGCUUUGGCUGCCCGCGAUGCGGCCGUUUUGUUUAAAGAAAGCCGCAGCGCAGAAGAAUUGAUCACCCUCUUGCGAGAAUUGUUUAAGGAUAGCGAACAGCGCACAAAGCUCGAGGCGAAUAUCAAAAAGCUGGCCCUGCCCCAGGCAUCGGAGCACAUUGCCGAUGAAAUUGAAAAAAUGCUGAAACCAUGA